AUGGAAAUGUUUACAUUACUAAAAGAUAGUUCAAUUUCACCAACCCCAUCUUCAACAUCAUCCUCAAGCUCAUCUUCAUCGUCAACAUUUUUUAGUAAUUGCAAAAGAAAAUCAAUCUCAUCAUCGUCAUCACCAUCAACAAUGACAACGAAAACAAUGAAUAUUUUACCAGCAAAUAAAAAAUUACCUGCACUUCAAAUUGUUCCAGAUAAAGAUAAUUGUGAAAAUGAAAGUGAUCAAGAAAUUGAAUUAAAUAAAUGUAAUAAAAAAUUAAAACUAACUUCGCCACCACCAUCAGAACAACAACAACAACAACAACAACAACAACCAGAAGUAAGCAAAAGCCAACCAAUAGAUAAUUUUAAAAUGUAUAAAGAAAUCCAAGAGAAACACGUAAAAGAAUGGGAUUGGAAAGCUGCUGCACAAGUUCACUAUUCCGAUAAUGUUCACUCAAAAUUCUUAAAACCAUCAACUAAAUCAACCAAUAAAUCAACCAAUAAAUCAUCAUCAUCAUCAUCAUCAAAAUCACAAACCUCAAUUACAACAGCAGUAUCAACAACAAUAGCAUCAACAACACCAAUUUUAGAACAAACAGUUAUAGAUGCAGGUCAAAAAAAUGUUGGUCAAAUGGUAUGUAGUAAAUGUAAAAUGCUUUAUUCAUAUGGCUCUAAAGAAGAUGAAGCGGCACAUCAAUCAUUUUGUAAUGGCAAUAUUCAACAACAAAAAGUGAUAAUCAAGAAUUGGCAAUCCAUGAAAAUUGUAAACACUUUCCCCAAUGGUCGAUCCAUUAUCGUAGUUACAAAAGACAACAUUUCAAACAACUCUGCACUAUCUUCAAAAAUUAAUCUAUUAAAAGAAAUUAUAAAUAUUGAAUUAGGCUAUGCAUCACCAUCACCAUCACCAUCAUCAAAUGUACAUAAUAAUAAUAAAAAUAAAAAUGAUAAUGAUAAUGAUAAUGAUAAUGAUGAUGAUGAUAAUGAAGAGAAGUUAUUUUUAUAUUUGGAUUCAAAUGGUAGAGUUUUGGGUUGUUUAAUUGCAGAAAGAGUUGAAAAAGGUUACAAGAUUGAAAGUUCUUCACCAACAAUACAAUGUUCAAAAGUACCAACAAAGAUUCUAUGUGGAAUUAAUCGUAUUUGGGUUUUGCCAUCAUCAAGAAAACGUGGAAUCGCUUCAAAACUAAUGGAAUCUUUAGCUUCGAAUAUGUAUUAUUGCUAUCAUUUAAAGAAACAUGAAAUUGCAACAACUCAACCUUCAACAACUGGUCUUUUAUUCUUUAAUAAUUAUUUUAAAACAAAUCAAUUUUUAUUAUAUAAUAUUAAUCAAUAA